UGUAGUUCGAGAACGGCCCUUGCCUCCUACACACAUACCACAGAGCAGCAGUAGCGAGUGCUCUUUCGGAUAAAUCAGUUUGCGUUUCGUAGCGAUAUUCCAAAGAAAUCAUAAAUAUUCAGCACUUGAGAUAUUUCCAAUUUGUGAUUGCUUUACCCCGCCAAAAAGGAAAAUCGCGUUUUCGGUUGACUUGAUUUGAUUUGUGGACUGGCAUUCGUGGGUGUCGUGAUUAUAUAAAUCUAAAUUGCACAACUAACACAGCGCAGCAGCAGCAGCAGUAUGAGAAUGAGAACCGAAAGGUUCCGCAAUAAUCAAUCAAAUAAUUAACCAAAAAUGAGUUUCAUCCAUCCCGACGUUAGUUUAAUGGGAGGUGCUGGCAAUGUGCACCAAUCGCUGGAAGAGUCGCCUUCGGAGGCGCCUCAUAUUAAGAGUGCGCCAAACGAUCGAGUGGAGAUCAAGAUUGUGAUGCUGAAAGUGCAGGCAGAAUCGCCUUUACUGCCCCUAAAGGAGAACGACGCAUCAGUAGCUCGAGUCCAUAAUUCCUCGCACAUAUCAGCCACUAGGUCACCGCACGAGUACACCGCCUUGGCCAGCGAUUCCGAGCCCGCCCUCACGCCCACACCCACUACUGCCACGUCCAGGCCGAAUGAGUGUCGACGUCGCAGCUCAUUGACCAACUGUCCAGCACCCAUACCCGCUUCCACCGAGGGCAGUCCACCAGGAGAGGCCAACAACAACAACACCAGCAGCAGCAACCACAACACAAAGGAGGAAUUUUACACGACUUUGGGCAGCAGCACGCCCAGCCACAAGCACCAGCACACGCACGAGUACAAGCUCUACCCCAACGACACGUUCGCCCAAUUGGAGGGGAAGGCACCAAAGACAAGCAGCAAAAUGCAGACCAAAGUGGACGCAGUGGGUCGCAUCACGGGCCAGUGGGGCAAGUGGCAGCUGCGCACAGUGCUGCUGAUCUUCCUGUGUAAGAUACCAUCCUCGUGGUUCAUGGCGUGCAUUAUCUUCACGGCUCCCGCACCCAGGCACGGAGAGUUCUUCUGCAAGCCCCCGAACACAGUGGGGGCCCAGAAUCAGACGCAGUGGAUCAAGGUUUCGCAUCCGCAGAAGGAGGAGACCGAGGAUCAGGAGUUCAACAUUGACUUCUGCAAUGUGUAUCAGGAUGCGCAGGAGCAUGCCCAUCACUACUACAACUACGAGCACAGCGAGCAGGAGCCUCGCAUCUGGGAGAAGCCUCUCAAUCGCAACUCCAAUGUCAUACCCUGCACGGAGUUCCAGCACGAGUCCAGCUACCACUCGGUGGUCACUCAAUACGACCUAGUCUGUUCCCGGGACAUUCUCGUCUCGGUCACGCAGUUCUUCCAUCUGUUUGGUGUUCUAACCGGCGGUAUCCUGGCGAAUCAGCUCUUGAAAUACUUUAGUCCCCGAAAUGUGAUGCUAUUCGGCAUGAUUACACAGAUCUUUUGUGGCAAUCUGACGGGUCAUGUGGCUUCCUAUGAGCUCCACGUGUUCUUCCGCUGCCUGUCCGCUGUCUGCUGUGCGCAGAUGUACACCGCAGGGGGCAUGAUCAUGGCCGAUAUAACGGGUGGCAAGUAUCGCACUUGUGUCUCCACUCUCUUCGAGCAGUUCUGGUCCAUUGGCGUGAUGAUGCUGCCGGGCGUGGCAAGCUUCUGGUCCAGCUGGUCGCAUCUCUACAUGGCCAUCUCCUGGCCCACAGUGAUACUGAUUUACCUGUGGCAAUGGAUCCCCGACUCCCCACGCUGGCUCAUCGCUCGCGGUCGUGUGCAGGAUGCCAAGAAGAUCUUGCUGCAGUGCGCCGACGUCAAUGGCACUCGCUACAGUCUUCCCCAUGACAUUGAUCAGCAGCUGGAGCUGCAGGCCCAGACGGCCAUGGAUGCCCCACCGCCCAGUGGCUGGUGGUCCAUGUGGAAGGGAGAGCGCGCCGUGCGUCACAUUAUCUGCGUACAUCUGGCAUGGUCCCUCUACAUCGUCGUCUACUAUGGAAUGCUGCUGAAUAUCCGCUCCUUCAGUCGAGAGCAUCUCUACAUCAACACCUUCUUUGCGGGCUUGAGCGAGAUGAUAGGCACCUUUAUCGGUCUCUUCCUGAUCAUGAAGACCACCAGGAAGUGGCUCUGGACGGGACUGUUCAACAUGGUUGCCGGAUGCAUUGCCUACUGCGGUUGGCUAGUGCCCAAGCCGGGCGUCAUUCCAUUCGAUGCCAAUGUGGCGCUGCUCAUGUGCUCCGCCAUGGUCUCCAAGAUGGCCAUCUCCACCACACUCUCCAUACUGACGACCUGCACCGUGGAGCUCGUGUCGGAUGACAAGAAGAAGAUCACCUCGUUCUCGACCAUCUGUUGGGCCCGCUUCUGGCUGCUCGGUGCACCCUUUAUUGGAUCGACCAUCUUCUUGGGCCAACUUGUGCCCCAGACAGCCUUCGCGUCCCUGGCCAUUUGCGGUGGCAUCUGCACCUCGCUGAUCAGCAGCCCACGCACGCAUCCCAUCUCCAGGCCGGCUUCGCCGACCGCCCAGGGAGCCCAGAACAUGGCCUCUGCCUCGCAGUUCACCAUCAUCGACGGCAUGGACAACAAGGGCUAUACGCCAAGCUCCAAGCCCAUUAUUUCUAGCAAUACAAUUAGGAAACUGACCACACCACAAUCGAAUCUACCUCCUCAACUAAUGCCCGGGAUUUGGACGACCAAAAUAAACGAGGAUGGCCCACCAAUGUGAUAUGCCCCCGCACAGGUUAAAUGAUGCAACGCGGAAGUGAGUGGAAGGAAGGUUGGUUAGAAUGUCAGAAUGGUUUUGUUCACUUUGGUGGGGCUGUGCUGUGACCUUGCAAACUACAGUCUACAAAAUUUGAUAAACUAUACUUAUAUAGCCUGUACACUACCUAUAAGGCCAUGG